UUGAAAGCAUCCGUAGCAGAAUAUCAGCAGAAAAAGUAGCGCCAAGGAGGGGCAGGAGCACCCCGAAACUGGGGCACUUCAUGGAACACCCAAACAAGGAGCUAAAGUCUAGAAGGAUUAUAGGAGGAGACAGGAGGCGUGGGAUGACCUCCGAAGAGGUUAAAUAGGUCACCUCGACGCUGGGCACCAAGACAAGCAGAAGGGCCCAUGAAGACCUUCGCCUGGACUUCUGGUACCAUGAUGUCACUUCAGAUGCUGCUCCUGGCUGCCCUUCUUCUGGGGACUUCUCUGCAGCAUGCCAGCGCUGCUCGAGCCACCAAUGUAGGCCGAGAGUGCUGCCUGGAGUACUUCAAGGGGGCCAUUCCCAUCAGGAAGCUGGUGAUGUGGUUCAGGACCUCAGUGGAGUGUCCCAGGGAUGCCAUCGUGUUUGAGACUGUCCAGGGAAGGCUUAUCUGCACAGACCCCAAAGACAAGCAUGUGAAGAAGGCCAUCAGACACCUGAAAAACCAAAGGCUGUGAUCCUCCCACCAAGUCAUUUGGAGACUCCAGAGCUGCUGUCCAUGGCCUCAACCUCGAGCUGCCUGUGUCCAGUGGAGGCCCCGAGAGCCCAAGAGCUGCCACAGAGCAGGAGUCCCUGUCCCCUUUGUAUAGACUCUUGUGUGCUGCAGACGCACACACAAAAGCACGGAUUAAAGUCUUCCUCCUUCA